UAUGCGCAAUUGAUCUACCGCGCUUUGCUCACAGCGCCGAACCAUACCAUGGUCCUUCGAGACAUCUACGCGUGGUUCCAGCGGCACACAGACAAGGCGACGGACAAGUCGACUAAGGGGUGGCAGAAUAGCAUCAGGCAUAAUCUUUCGAUGAACGGGGCUUUCAAGAAGGUG